GGCAGUGUGCGCGGACAGUGCGGAAGAUCGUCGGCUGCAAACGUGUCGCGCGCUGUCUCGUCGGGUUUAACUAUGCGCGAGCGUUACGUAGAAAAGCUCACGUACCUGCACCUCGCCCGUCCCGUUCGCGCUGGCUGGUGCGCGCCUCCUCGUGUUCUCGUGAAAUCGUCAAGCGUCCUACGUUACCAUGGGCUGAAUACCGCCUCGGCCGUAGUAGCUGUCAGAUCACGCGCGAGCGAGACAACACGUUGCGGAACCCGGGGCGUACGAGAGAGUCGGGAAGCGAGACGCGGCAGGGCCGACGAAAGGUCCGAGUGAAAGUGCGAGAAUUGUCUGCUUCUUCUCUCUCUCUCUCUCUUUCUCUCCCUUCCCGCGAGACAAGCGCAAGAACAAAGGCGUCGGUUUCGACGAGCCCCUCCGUGAGCCCACGAGGAGCGACGACUUCGCGACGUCGCCGAUGUUUAAUCGGCCGCAAUGGAGCCCGAGGAGCCUCUGAUGCAAGGGAUUCUCCUGCUGCCGCCGCAGGGAAUGUUAGGCCAACUCAAGAAAACGUGGCACAAGAGAUUCUGCCAGCUUUUCAGGACAAGCAAUUAUGGGAUUAAACGCGUCGAGAUUUAUGAUAAUCAGGAGGAAGCAAUACUGCAAUCUCAUUCCCCACGUAUCGUCACCCUGGACGCUUGUAUCAAAAUUGCUCCCAGCAAUCAGUCGCAUGUCUUCACUGUGGUGACUAAGUCAGGGAUACAUUAUUUCGGCUGUUACUCGGAACUGGAGAUGACCCAGUGGAUCACGGCAUUCCAGUUGGUCGCCUUCAAGGACAGUGUGUCGAAUCAAACGAUAGAAGAGAACAACGAUCUGUAUUGCACAAGCGGGGAGGACGUAUUCUCCGUUAAAGUCGUCGAGACGGACGCGUCGAAGCGAUGCGGACUGGAAGCGAGGAAUUACACGUUAGUGGUCGCCGCGGUCGACAUGAAGCUGAUGGACGGUGACAUCGUGCUGUUCACAUGGCCGUACAGGUACAUCAGGAGAUACGGAUACCGGGACGGCAAGUUCAUCUUCGAGGCCGGGAGGAAGUGCGAGUCCGGGGAGGGCUCCUUCCGUUUGGAGCACAGCAGCCAGCAGGAGAUCUUCCGGUGCAUGUAUUCGAAAAUGAGGUCCAUGAAGAAGUUACUGAACGAGGAGAACAAUCCGAGCAUAGAUUGCAACGACGCCCAGUAUCACGCGGCUCUGUCCAUGGAACCCGGCUCGAGGGCGGCCCUGCCUCCCUCGCCGAACAAUUCCAGUAACCUGAUCGACAUUGAUUUCUCCUCGCAAAAUUCCCAGAAGCAGAUGAGCUCGUCGUCGAGCGGCGUGGAGUCGACCACCUCGUCGACCAGAUCGAUCGGCAAACAGUCCAAGCCGGCCAAGCCGCCGCGAAAGUACAUGUUCGGUAAUCUCCUGGAGAGGAAGACCUCCGACUCGGAGUUCCUCGACUUGCCGACGUGCGGGGAGUAUAGGACACUGAGUCAGGCUAAUUCGCCGGAAUUAUCUCACAAAGCGAUCGUCGAUAGUGCCGCCUGCGACGAUGACGAGAGACACCCGUAUGACUUGGUGGAGAUUAGGAACGACGCGUGGAAGACCCACGGCAUCGAUAGCGUGCAUCACACCGAGAGGGUGAACUCGGGCGUGCCCGAUGAGAGAGAUAAGAAGGACGAGAACGACGAUUUCCAGUACGAGGUGAUGAUGCCCGUCGCACCGUCAUUCCAGAAUUCGUGCAAGAGCAAGGAGAUCAUCGCGGCGGCGGCGGCGAGUAUCGCCAAGGACGAGUCCGACUACGACAAGUUGGAACGCUUCGGCUCCGUGUCGAAACUCAGCCAGUAUAAAUACGGCACGCAUUCCAACGUAUCUCACGGGGAGAACGUCAACUGCAAUCUCGUCAAUCCAGCGUGGUCGAAUUACGAUAUCGUCGAGGAUAUGUCCGCCGUUAGAUUAGCCGACGACAGCCACCUGGGAUACGGUAUUAUUCGGAAGAAAACGGAUCUGUCUGAUAACGCUCCCGUCGGCAACACUGCCGGCGGACCGCAACACAAAGUCUUCAACAACAGCGAAUAUGCAAUCGUAUCGAAACCAAAAAGGGUGUAGAUCGACACAACGUCGACCGACCAAAAGUAUUAACGACCGAAAUUCCACUCAAGUUUGCAUCCCGGAUAUUCUCUCUCUCUCUCUCUCUCUCUCUCUCUCUCUCAUAUUUUCGCAAUUAAUUGUAGGAAUACAAUAAUAUGCUAGUCUGCGCUGCGUGGCUAGAAUAUCAAAAAAAGAAGUUCUCGCUUUGAAGAACGCAUAUGUUGUAAGAUUAUUGCGAAACACCGCGAAAUAUUAGGAACAAUACAAGAUAAUAUUUCUCACGUAUUGUGAUCUUGCUCGCUUUUUGUAUGUAUUUAUAGAGACACUAGUCUUAUUAAUUGCCGCGUUAUGAAUCAUAACCGUAAUAUCAAUAAUAUAUAAAUCAUUCGUGAUAUCUAGUAAAGUCUCAACGUUAACAAAUUCCAGACGCAUUUGUGCCUAUUCACGAUAUUUUCUAACUAGGUAUUUUCUAACUAGAAAGACUUAAAAAAAAAAGCUAAAAGUGAUUAUAAGUGCAUUUUACAGACUGAUUCACACACAGAGAAAUGUAGUGCCUUCUAAAAGUCUUCCAUCUUGCGAAGACGUAUAUCUUAAUCGAUACCAAACUGAUGACUAAAUCACCGCGCGAAAAUGUGAAAGUCUCUACUAAUAUUUUAAUAUAUUGGUGUACUUAGAAAUUUAUAAUAUUAGAUAUUAUCAUAAUUUUAUUACUACCACACGCGCACACACACGUAUACACACACAUCCAUACAUCCACACUAUAGUAUUAUACUCUCUACCACUACAUUAAUAUUUCUUCCUGCUAUUUUAUUCUACAAAAAAAAUUGCUAUUAUAUAAUAGUAUAUAUAGAUAGUUUAUAUAUUAGUAUUAUUAUAAUUAUAUAAUACUUUUGAUUUUAUAAAAAAAAAACAGGUUAAAAGUCUACGCAGAUGAUAUGUAUGUAUUUGUAAAUACUUGCAUAUAGGAGUACUUUAUUAGGGAUGAUAUUAGGGAAGAUCAUCCUGAUUCGGUUGAAUCUAAAUCAUCGCAAUUGGAUAAUCUUAUAAUUAUUUAAUACACACAAUUUAUAUUGUAUAUUUACAACAAUUAGUGUUUUUAAGUCAGUUUUGUUGCCUCAAUAUAAAUUUAAUAAUUGAAAGUAUUUAAAGGGAGAUACGGUUCAUUAAACACUUGGAAGUAUUCUAAAAUUUAGCAUGUAUAUCAUUUAAUAUGAACUCUAAACGCUUUAAAGUUUCAAUUGUGUCCUGAGAAUUAUUUUAUUUCUUUACUACUUGUAUAUUUGACAUAUAUGAAAAUUAUACACCUAUAAUGAGGCGAUACUUAAAAGAUUAUAAAAUCAUCAUUAUUCGUUAUGCAAAUUAAUAAAUGCAGAUGUGGCACAUAAGAAUUACUGUUUUGAUAUAUUUUUAUUCGCAAAAGUGUCUUGUUAAUUUUAUUUUUUUACAAAAUUAUACACAAAGGAAAUAUCGUAAUCAGUUUUAAUAAAAAUGUAAUGAAAUGAAUCAUCUCGAAUAAUGUAUCCUUGUGCCAAACGAGUGGUUUGCCAUUGAUAGCAAAGUUAUCAACUAUUCAAGUAAUAUAUAGA